ACCGGAAACAAACGGAAGUCUCAGUGUUUUGCCCGGUUUAGCCUGUUUUAGUUUCGGAUUCAGUAAAGAAUUGAAGAUCUGUGGAGCUUUUACAGCGAGGUUACAGUCUCCUGCUGCUCACUGGACUUGUGGAGUAUCCAGUAGAAGACAGUAACUUCUAUAUCCGGGUUUAAUAUAGAUUUUCAGGCGUCCACUGUAAAGAUGGCUGCUUGACCUCUUGAAAUGCAAACAGUUGUAUUCAAUGCCUCAUGUUACUCCAGUCAAAUCUUCUUCUACACCUUUGGGUGGAAAUGUAGAAGAAGGCUCUCAGCACCCGCAGACACAAAAUCCUGGUCAAUCUGCCCCUGAGAUACAGCGGAUGCAUACACCACAUGCAGUAACCUACAGGAAUAAUUCAGUGGGCAACGCUAACCGCACUAGGCCUUUACCUUAUCCUGUACUUCUCGGACAGCUGAACAUAUUGGACAGUGCCAAUGUUGUGGAGGUGAAUCAGAAUUUAUUAGAAUUACCAGCACAAAUCUUAAAAGAUAAUAUAUGUGAAGAGGAAAUCUCAGGGGUUGAUGCAGAAGAACGUAGCUAUGAGAGGAGCAGAGAAGAAGUCAUUAAAGAAAUCGCUGUCAGCAGCACUGCUUUCAUCGGCCCGGCGUGUCGACCCGACGCAGCAAUAGAGAAGGAACUGAGUGAUUUUUACAAAGAGCUUGAGGAGUUUGACCACCAUGACAAAGUUGAUGGAGUUGAUGGAGAAUUAGUAGUCACAGAAGGUCUUUCUCGGUUAUGUGAACCAGAAACCAAUCCAUCUCCCAGAAAAGAGACUCGGGAAAAUGAUCACAAGAGUGCGUAUAGGCCUUAUCCAGCUACUCGACCUCAAAGAGACUAUGAAAAUUCUAGGACAUGGAAGCCUCAACCACAUAACGAAAUUACAUGGAACGGUCCUGAUGCAGCAAACAGCCAUCCAAGUCAGUGGCAACAUCUUCCACCACCAAGGCUUCCACAUGACCCACCACGAUUUCCAAUUCCUGGCCGCCGUCAUUUCUUACCUCCACCCCCACCUAUACCUCAGACUCCUACACCACCUCUGCAUCUCCUGCCUCCUAUUAACAACUACAGUCACCAUGACACCAACAGCUGGUGCUCCUGGGAAAGGACCAAUUUUCCUCUUCGUAAUGACAUCAGACUUUCUGCAUCAAACUGCCCUGAGUCAUUUGAACAGCGAGGAAGAGGUUCAGCUGACUGGCAGCCAUAUUAUAAGACACAGCAUUAUCACGAGCGAGAUCAGUACCAGCGUAACAGUGGCACGUCUCCGGUUUUGAUUUUGAUGAGAGGACUUCCAGGCUGUGGGAAAUCAACUCUGGCAAAAGAAAUAUUGUCCUGUGGUCCUGAUGGUCUAAUACUGAGCACUGAUGAUUACUUCUUCCAAGAGGACAGCUACUUCUUUGACCCUACUUUACUUGGGAAUGCACAUGACUGGAAUCAAAAGAGAGCAAGAGAUGCUAUGUUGGACAGACGUUCACCUGUUAUUAUUGACAACACAAACGUUCAGGCCUGGGAAAUGAAGCCCUAUGUUACAUUGGCUUUGGAGUGUGGAUAUCGAGUAGAUUUUGUUGAGCCUGACACACGAUGGAAAUGUGAUCCCACUGAGUUAGAAAAGAGGAAUACACAUAGGGUCCCACGGGACACUAUAGCAAAGAUGCUGGAUCGAUUUGAGCUGCCUAUCAGUGUGGACAUCGUGAUGAACUCCUGUGAGCCUCCUCAUAAAAGCAAAGAGCGCCUUUCCAAACCCUAUGGACAGAGAAAAUAUGAUAACUUUUAAAUCUUUUAUCAGACAAAGAAAAUAAUAAAUAUAUAUUUUUUACUUGAACUUUGGAACAAGCUUUUUUUGUUAUUUAGUCAGUAGACAUGUAUUUGUGUUUUUAAACUUCUGUAAAUAAUGUUUAAAUUUGUAUGACAUUUUGAAUUAUGCUCAGUUCAGGUCUUUAUUUUUGGAAAUUUGUGUACACACAAAGCUUUGUGAUUUUGUAUUUCUGUCCACUGUCUUUAUAUUGAUUAAUGAAGAAAUGUCCAUAAUGUCCAGUUUAAUUACUGACUGUAAUAAAAAACUGAUACCAUA